CCCCAUCUCGUCUUUGCAUCUUCUCCCAAAUAUCUCAGCUGUCACAAUUCACAAUGUGGCGCUCUCGCACCAUAGACGCCCAUUUCAGGACCAUGCGUCUCAUCUCUUCUCUCGUUUCUUCUUCUUCUCCACUCAUCCUAGUCCGUUCAAUCAACAACCAAGCACACCUUCCUUCUCUCUUGCCCAAUCCCUCUCACUCUCUUCCUCCCAAAUCCGCAAUCUCCCCUAUUGUUACCUUUACGCUUUCCUCUCUCUCCGGUCUCCGAAGCCAGAGCUUUAACUCCGGAAUUGGAUUCCAUGUCGUCCGCUGCGCAUCUUCGGUGUCGCCUGCCCAGACAUUUGAGUGGAACGAGCCGGUCUCCUGCUCGGAGGUCGGAGAUGGUGACGAUGGCACUGUGGAUGAAGAUACCAGACCCUACAUUCCCGUUAGAGCUUAUUUUUUCUCCACUAGUGUGGAUUUGAGAAGAUUAGUGGAACAGAACAGGGCAAAUUUUAUCCCACCAACAUCAAGAAUGACUAAUUACGUUCUUCUUAAAUUCGGCGAGCUUUCGAAAGCCAAUGGUUUGCGUGCUUCUUUAAGUGGGAGUGACUGCUGCUACAUGGUUGUCUUUCAAUAUGGUUCCAUCGUCUUGUUUAAUGUCCGCGAACAUGAGAUUGAUGGGUAUCUGAAAAUUGUAGAGAAACAUGCGUCAGGAUUACUACCUGAAAUGAGAAAGGAUGAGUAUGAAGUAAGAGAGAAGUCGACAUUAGACACAUGGAUGGAAGGAGGCUUGGAUUAUAUAAUGUUACAGUAUGUUAAUACUGAUGGGAUUCGUACCAUCGGUAGUGUUCUUGGUCAAAGUAUUGCUCUUGAUUACUACGUUCGCCAGGUUGAUGGAAUGGUUGCAGAAUUCACAGACAUUAACCGUGGAAUGGAAACAACUGGAAAGUUUAAGAUGAAGAGAAAAAAAUUAUUUCAAUUAGUUGGAAAGGCGAAUUCUAAUCUUGCUGAUGUGAUUCUUAAGCUUGGACUGUUUGAGAGAUCAGAUAUUGCCUGGAAAGAUGCUAAAUAUGCUCAGAUAUGGGAAUAUCUCAGAGAUGAAUUUGAGUUAACCCAGAGAUUCGCAAGUCUCGAUUUCAAGUUGAAGUUUGUGGAGCAUAAUAUUCGGUUUCUUCAGGAAAUUCUUCAAAAUAGGAAAUCAGAUUUCUUGGAGUGGCUCAUUAUCGCCUUGAUAGGUGCUGAAAUUCUGCUAUCUCUUUAUGACAUUAUACAUAGAUCUGCACUCACUUCACUAUAGCACAGCUUUUUGGCAAAAGCAAGCCAAAACCCUUAAUCGAAGCGUCCAAAUUCCUGUGUAUUUUUACGGCUGAUUAUAGUUGAAGUUGAUUUUUCAAAACCUCAAGCGAGGGCAUAUCCGGAAUCAUGUAUAUAUCAAUUCGAUUGAUUAUAUCAGUUUUGCAAUAGUCAUAUAGUACUCGUUUAUAGUACUCGAUUAUAUCAAUUUGUGUUGUAGGUAGAUUUUUUUAGAGCAUUUAAAUCCACAUCAAUAAGUUAAUGACUCAACUAAUUGAAAUGAAUUUAAUUAUUUGAAAUCAGAUUAUUUUUGUCGUAUAACUUUGUGAUUUUUGGUUUGACUUGGGUGUUGUAGAGCAUUCUAAUAAACAUUGGCACCUUGAAAACUUCCCAUUAAUAAGAGGUAGAUUUAUGUGGAUGUUAGUUGAGUU